CACUGGCUUCAACUCCACAUAUCAUUCCCUCCCUCUCAUAACAACUUAAAAAAUCAACUAUAAACAUAUUUAUAUAAUCUAAGCUGUCUUAAUACAUUCAAGUCCCUCAAAAUAGCUUCCCAAGCCAACUCCCGCCUCUUGCGACUGGCCCGCACAAUGUCAACAACCUCAGCACCCCCCUCUACCAUCGGGGUAGCCCCCUGGCGGCCUCUGUUCCUAACCCAUAUCUCCAAGAUGGCCUCACCGGAGUUUGUUUUCUCAUCUCUUCACCCUUCGCCAUCCAAGGACUCGCCUGUCCCUUACCUCCCACGAGCGCGCUACUGCAUCUUCAGAGGAAUGUGGGCCGAGCUGCCAGAGAACAAGCAUAAUACCGCGCCUCAGAAUGAGCGGGUCUAUGAAAGUGAUCUGUUGACUAUCACAACCGAUGUUAGGAUGGAAAAAGUGCCUGAGAUUUUUGCCAGCUCGGCGGGUCACGGGGAUGUGAGCCAAAGUCAGGGGAGUGGUGGGGGUGGACCUGUUGAGGCGGUAUUUUGGGUCAAGGAUGUUAUGACGCAGUGGAGGAUUAGAGGGGAGGCUUUCAUCAUAGGACGGGAUAUUGAGGGUGAGGGAGAUGAGUCGAGUGGAGUGAGGACGGUCAAGAGUGAGGUUGGGGAGAGGAUGAGGAUUGUUAAGGAGGAUGGGCGUGAGGGCUGGAGUUGGGCGAAGGAGCUGACGGCUCAUUUUGGAAAUUUGAGUCCUGGUAUGAGAGGAAGUUUCAAGAAUCCACCGCCUGGUACGCUGGUUGGUGUUCCGCAGCCAGAUAAAAGGUUGGCCUUGGGGCAGAAAGUUGAUGACUUGGAGGAUGAGGUUGCGAGGAAAAAUUUCAGAGUUGUCAUUAUCAAGCCUGAGGUUGUGGAGAUGGUCGAUUUGACAGACCCGGAGAGAGCUCGGAGGUGGAAAUAUUCUUAUGUCGGACCGAAUGCUAGCGAUUCUGGAGACCAUGGUGAAAUUAUCGGGGAAUGGAAGAAGGAAGAGCUAUGGCCAUAGAACAUCUCUGAAUUUUUUCAGGUAGAAUUGGGCUUUUUAGAUGCAUUCGUCGAUAGAUAUCGUUGUACCAGACCAUUUUCCAAAGUACUCAAAGUGUGAUAUGACAUCGGAGUCGUAACUACUACAUGAAAGCUUUCCACGAUUCCCCUUCUGAAGCCGUGGGACUCAUUUCCCUAUUGCUAAGAAGGUCACGGAGCCGAUCGCUCAUUUUGUUAGGCUGCCUCGCCUAUUUCCAAUAAGUCUUAGGCACGAUUGAUCACAACCACGAUACAUUGAGUAUCAGCCCGCCAUUUUCACUCAUUUACAUCUAGCUAGCUCUUAACCUUGCAAAUGCCACCACUGGCAGUAACCAGCUUUCCAAGGCCAGUCUUCGGCUCCUCGCCCUCCUUGCUCAACUCCUUUACAGCACCUGCAUCAAAAGCAACCUCUAAUUCACUCGUGGUUGUGAAGCCAAUUUGACACUGCUCCCAAACCUUCUUCUAAAAUUAGGUCUGUGAAGACCGAUCCAGCCCCACCCCUACCCUAAAUUUGCA